GUAUAAAAGAGCGCAAGAUUUGGUGCGCAGUCAAUUUAUCGAGCAAUAGAAAAUAGAAAAGAUGAAUCGUUGGCGUGGGAAGGUAGCGUUGGUAACUGGGGCUAGUAGUGGUAUCGGUGCUGAAAUAGCCAAGCUUUUGGUGAAGAAUGGCGUUAACGUGGUCGGUAUUGCCAGGAAUAUGGAAAAAUUGGAGAAAAUUGGCGAGGAGAUCGGAAAGGAUAAGUAUUUCCCGAUUAAAUGCGACAUAAUGAAGGAAGAAGAUAUUCUGAACGUAUUCGAAUGGGUCGAAAAGAAAUUUAAGGGCAUUGAUAUUUUAGUGAACAACGCUGCUAUUUUACACACCGGUUUUUUCAUUGAUCAGAAAACCGAGGAAUAUCGUAAGAUAUUAGAUACGAAUUUAUUAGCUCCCGCGAUAUUCUCACGAGAAGCUGUAUUGUCUAUGAAAAAACGAGAUGCCCAAGGUCACAUAAUCAAUAUUUCUAGCAUUGCCGGAUCUCAUCUCGACGCUAUACUUAUACCACUCGGUUUAUAUGGACCGACUAAAGGCGGUAUGCUCAAUUUAAGUACAGAACUUCGUCACGAAAUCAUUCAGAGUAAAUUGAAUAUCAAAGUCACGACUAUUGCUCCAGGACUUGUGAUGACAAAUAUGACAAACGAGUUAAUUAAAGAAAGAGAAAUGCAAAAUAUUCGCACAAAUUCAUUAGAAGCUAUAGAUAUUGCUGAAGCAGUAAUUUAUGUGCUAGAAACACCGGAAAGAGUGGAAAUUCCACAAAUUACUUUACUACCGCAUAAGACUCCAUUUAUUCUUUCAAAUAAAAAAGUAUGAAGUAUUAUAAAUUAUAGACCAGAAUUCAGAGGAUAAAAGUGGAUAAAAAUGAUAUGAAUAGCCACGUCGAAAAGAAAAAUUAAUUCAAUAC